UGUAUAUAUUAGAAACCCGCCGACCUCUUCUCCCCAACACUGUUUCUACUGCUAACACACAAACCCCAACUUCUCAUUUUUCAUUUCCACCCCCAAACUUUUAUCGGUGCAUUUCAGUCCCCCGCGGAGUCCGUAUGCAACAACACCCGUCUCCUCCGGAAUCACAGGCGGCGGAGAUGGGGCCGGAGAGAAUCAGAAGAAAGAAUCCGAAGAACAAGAAACGAGAGAUAGAGGAAGAGGGAAGCCAGAGGGGUGUUUCUAGGCAUCCGAGUUUUAGAGGGGUCAGAAUGAGACAAUGGGGAAAAUGGGUGUCGGAAAUCAGAGAACCGAGAAAGAAGUCGCGGAUAUGGCUGGGGACAUUCUCCACGCCCGAGAUGGCGGCGCGUGCGCAUGACGUGGCGGCUCUGGCCAUCAAAGGCGGUGGAGCCCACCUCAACUUCCCGGAGCUCGCCUGCUUCCUUCCCCGCCCCGCGAGCUCCGACCCCAAAGACAUCCAGGCGGCUGCUGCUGCCGCGGCGGCGGAGGUGGCCGAGCCACCGCGAUCUCCGGCCAGCACGGUUACGUCAUCGUUGACGUCAUCCCCUCUGUCGGCCGCCGUCGCGGACGACGCCUUCACCGACCUCCCCGAUCUCUUGCUCGAUGACGUGGCCCACAAGAUCGACGGUUUCUGGGAUUCGCUGUCGUACGAAGAACCCUUUUUCUUGGAGAAUUAUUAAGAAAGAGAGAUGGGUUCAGCUCGGUCGGUUCCCAGCUUCUGUCGCCGGAGAACAGGGAUCCAGGCGGAGCUUUGCGGCGGAGACAUUGCCGGCGAAAGGAUUCCGAUCGGAAAAGGUGUAGCCUUUUUUGUGGGUUUGGUGGGAAAAUCUGUGUACGUGUGCCAAAGGUUCCAUUGUGUGAUGUGUAAGUAAAGGUUUUUUGUACAAAUACGAUUUAUGUGACAAAGUCCCAUGUUUGCUUA